UGUAUGUAUCAGUGUAUGUUAUAGGCUUAGCUUAGAUACUAAGCGGUAGAUUUCGUUUACUACUACCAGACAGAAUUAUUAAUUAUAUAUAAAAAUGAAACCGUGGAUUUUUUUUAAUGUUAAUUUGUUUUAGUAAGUGAUUGAAAGACUUACAAACCAUGGAUUCACAAGUAGAACAAUGGGUGAGUGAUGAGUUGCAUGAGUUGCUUGGACUUAGUGACAAAUAUGUAGCUCAGUUUUUGAUAAAUUUAGCAGGAAAGAGCGUCAGUGUAGAAGAAUUUUUAACCAAAGUUGAAAAUACAGGAACACUUACAGUUGAUGGAAAACUCAGUAGAUUUGCUAGAGAACUUUGGAAUAAAGUUCCACAUGUUGAAAAAAGGGAGAAGCCCAUGCGUGCUCAUGAACGCGCAGUGCAAGAACUUUUGCAGAAAAAUCAAAGUUACCAGUUAUUAGAGGAUGAUGAAGAUAAUGAUCAAAUUCCUACAAAAAAAUCUAGAACUGACAAGAAAAAGAAAAGAAAACAUUUAAGAAAAGAAAUGCUGUCUGAUGAUGAUUCAAAUGAAAGUGAACCUCUACCUGAGAUUUCUAGUAAAAGUAAAAUUAGUCAUAAUAUGGACUCUGAUAGUGAUUUUGAUGAUACAGAACAUGAGCGUCUUCAAGACUUGAAAGAAAGAGAUGAAUUUGCAGCUAGACUGAAAGAUAAGGAUAAAGAUAAAACAAGAAGUAUUGUGGAAAAAUCUGACAAAAAAGCUUUUCAGGAAGCAGCACAAAGAUUAAAAUUAGAAGCUGAAGAUAGGAAAAAUGUUGUUCCUAAACUGAGAAUUGAGUCUCGUCGAAAAUAUUUAGAGAAAAGAAAACAAGAUAAACUGUUAGAAUUAGAAGGAGAUAUUGUAGAUGAAGAAUUCCUUUUCUCUGAUGUCAGUAUAACAAAAAGAGAAAAGGCCGAAGUACAAUAUAAGAGGAAAAUAUUAGAACUUACAAAAGAGCAUGAAAGGGCUCGAGAAUUGGAAAAAGUUGAGAGAUAUCAUAUUCCAGAAGAGAAGAAAGAGAAAGAACCUCCAAAAAGUUAUGUUGAAGUUGAUGAAAAAGAACGAGUUCCUAAUGCAGAACAAAAGAAAUGGGAAGAAGAAAGACUAGGCAGUGCACAAAUGCAUUUUGGAGCUCGAGAUGCCAAGAAACAACACAAGGAAAAAGAUUAUGAAUUAGUAAUGGAUGAUGCAAUUGAAUUUGUUCAAGCAUUAAAAAUGCCAGGAUCAAAAGGGAAAGCUGAGUCUGAACCAGAGUUGUCUGAGUACGAGAAGAAAAAGUUAAGUAUAGAAGAAACAAGAAAAAGUCUUCCAAUUUACCCAUUUAAAGAGGAUUUGUUACAAGCCAUAAAAGAACAUCAAGUUCUAAUAAUUGAGGGUGAAACAGGUUCUGGUAAAACAACCCAAAUUCCUCAAUACCUGUAUGAGGCAGGAUAUACAAAAGACAAGAAAAAAAUAGGCUGUACUCAGCCAAGAAGAGUAGCUGCUAUGAGCGUUUCUGCCCGUGUUGCCCAAGAAAUGGGUGUUAAACUUGGUAAUGAAGUUGGAUAUAGUAUAAGGUUUGAAGACUGUACAUCUGAAAGAACAGUUCUGAAAUAUUUAACUGAUGGAAUGUUAUUACGAGAAUUUCUCUCAGAGCCAGACCUGUCUGGUUACAGUGUGUUAAUAGUUGAUGAAGCUCAUGAAAGGACUCUUCAUACAGAUAUUUUGUUUGGGCUUGUUAAAGAUAUUGCCCGGUUUAGACCAGAUUUGAAGCUUUUAAUUUCUAGUGCAACACUUGAUGCAGAAAAAUUUUCAGACUUCUUUGAUGGUGCUCCAAUUUUUCGAAUACCAGGACGAAGAUAUCCAGUUGAUAUUUACUAUACCAAAGCUCCAGAGGCAGACUAUUUGGAUGCUUGUGUAGUAACUGUGUUGCAAAUACAUGUUACACAACCUUUGGGUGAUAUUCUUGUAUUUUUGACUGGUCAAGAAGAAAUUGAAACUUGCCAAGAAAUGUUAUUAGAAAGAACCCGAAGCUUAGGCUCUAAAAUUCGGGAACUUAUAGUUCUUCCAAUUUAUGCAAAUCUACCAUCUGAUAUGCAAGCUAAGAUAUUUGAACCAACACCACCUGGUGCCAGGAAAGUUAUUCUAGCCACAAAUAUUGCAGAAACAUCAUUGACAAUAGAUGGGAUAAUAUACGUAAUUGAUCCUGGUUUUAACAAACAGAACAGUUAUAAUGCUCGUACAGGCAUGGAAUCAUUAGUAGUUACACCAAUAUCUAAAGCUUCAGCUAAUCAACGGGCUGGGCGUGCAGGCCGGGUAGCAGCAGGAAAGUGCUUUAGGCUCUAUACUGCAUGGGCCUAUCAGCAUGAAUUGGAAGAUAAUGCUAUUCCUGAGAUCCAGCGUGUGAAUCUUGGUAAUGUUGUUUUGUUGUUGAAAUCACUUGGUAUCAAUGAUCUCAUUCAUUUUGAUUUUCUUGAUCCUCCCCCUCAUGAAACUCUUGUGCUAGCAUUGGAACAGUUGUAUGCUCUUGGUGCCCUUAACCACCUUGGUGAAUUGACAAAGCGAGGGAGACGUAUGGCAGAAUUUCCUAUUGACCCUAUGAUGUCGAAAAUGAUAUUAGCCUCUGAACAGUACAAAUGCUCAGAAGAAAUUCUCUCAAUUGCAGCAAUGUUGUCUUGUAACAGUUCAAUCUUCUAUCGCCCAAAAGACAAAAUAGUUCAUGCCGAUACUGCUAGAAAAAACUUCUUCAGUGCAGGUGGAGAUCAUUUGACAUUAUUGAAUGUUUACAACCAGUGGAUGGAAACAGGUUAUUCAACGCAAUGGUGCUUUGAGAACUUUAUUCAACAUCGGUCUAUGCGAAGGGCAAGGGAUGUCCGAGAACAACUUGAAGGUUUGAUGGAUCGCGUGGAGAUAGAACUUGUCUCUAACCCACUGGACUCGGUGAAUAUCAGAAAGGCUAUAACAGCAGGAUUCUUCUAUCAUACAGCAAAGUUGAGUAAGAGUGGCCACUAUAAGACUAUUAAACACCAACAGACUGUGAUGAUUCAUCCUAAUAGCUCAAUGUUUGAAGACUUACCUCGCUGGCUGUUAUAUCAUGAACUUGUCUUUACAACCAAGGAGUUUAUGAGAGAAGUGAUUGAAAUUGAAUGUUCUUGGCUCCUUGAAGUGGCCCCACAUUUUUACAAAGCAAAAGAUUUGGAUGACAGUUCAAAUAAAAAAAUGCCAAAAAACACCGGCAAGGCUCGAGCUGAGUUGGAAAGGUGAAAAUCUGUAACUGAAUUUGAACUGAAACUAUCUCAUAUUAUGCUUUUUGUUUUGCAAAAAAGUAAUCACUUAUGACUUAGACAAAUCUUUGUACAUAAAAGUUUAAAUGACGUAAUGAAAAUCAUUUUUCUGUUGAAAAUGUAUGUUUUGGCUUGAUGAAAAUGAUCAGUUUAUAAUAACUCAAUUAAUUUGUUGGAACUGAUCCUGACAGUUACUGAGACUUCAAAAGUUAUUUUAGAAUGCAUGUGUAUGAAAUGAUCAUCUUCAGCCUAAUGAUUGUAAACUUUGAAACAUUCUGUAAUGCUUUGAAUCAAUUGUCAUAACUGUAGUUAUUGAAAUAUCUACAUGUUUUAUUAAACAAAUUUUACUUAAA